AUGGCUAAUAAUGUCUCUGGCUACAAUGCUUCCCAUGACGAGCCCAUAGGUCGAAGCGAGAGGCCGCAACAACACUCAUCUCCACCCCAUACUCAUUCCGACUACCCACAGUCCCAUUCACAUCUCUCCUCUGCCCGUUCGCAUCCUUCUGCCCAUCCAGACAGUGCCUUCAAUAGACUUCGAAUCCAGCGGGCCGGAGAGCACCAAGAUCUAAAUACCUACCCCGUCCCACCCAUGUCCUCUGAGUCUUCCAACUUCGCUGGCCCCCCACCCCCCCUUCACUCUCAGAGAAGGCCCCCAACCGCACAAGACACUAGUUACCCGCGUCUCACACGAACAACUGUGACUGCCACUUCGGGAAGAGAUCAUUUAGGUCCAGCUGCAGCUGCAGGAGGGAUCGCAGGCACCGGCGUUGGAUUGGCUCAUUCUCCAAAUGGACGCCAGCGAAGUGGACUUGACGCCAUGAGCGGUGCACAUGAUGAUGGCAUGGGCAUGGGAAAUCCCCAGUACAACUAUGGCCCAUCUGAGCGUGGUUGGGAUGGAAAUGGAAAUGGACACACAGUAGGCUCAGAUUAUCCUUACGGCCCCUCAGGUCCGGGUAUGCCCCCCACGGGCCCUUCUCGAAUGACAGGCGCCAAUGACUCUUAUUCAUCUAACAUCGCUUUAGGUGCCGCGAUGGAUGGUCCUGGACAGACCACUCCCGGUCAAAGAAGCCUUUACUCGAACAAUAAUGGACAUCAACAAUGGAACCAAUAUGGAGGCGCAGGGGGCUUCUACGAUGACCCCUAUGUAAGACCUCCCCAUAGCUCGUGGGGCCCAGUGAAAGCUGAACAUAUUAACCCCAAUGAUAUCCUUGAUGACGGGGACGAUGGAUUUAUGCGCAAUCCCCAAAGACGAUCGAUCCUAAGCCUUGGGAGAAACUCUAGCCAUAACAGUCUGCCUGCUGGGGCGGCUCCUGCUGCUCCUGGAGGCGCGAUUCUCAAAGGCAAUCUGGGACGUGUUCAAGGUCCAAAGCCCGCCACGAGUGAUCCCCCUGAUUAUGAUGUCGUUUCUACGGAAAAGAGCGAAUGGCUAAAUAACCAGAAAAAUGGCAACAAGAAACUUAAAUGGAUUGUUGGCAUUAUAAUUGCCCUGGUAGUGGUUGGUGCUAUCGUUGGCGGAGUGGUUGGUGGCGUUUUGAAUGCUCAGCAAAACCGCUCAGGUGGAGGCGGUGGUGGGAAUACUGCUGACCAGGACCUGGCCAGAAACGGGGACCUCGGAAAGGAUUCUGCGGAAAUUAAGAACUUGAUGGCUAUGAACGGUUUGCACAAGGUGUUCCCGGGCAUUGACUAUACCCCCUGGGGCACACAGUACCCCCUAUGCCUCCAAUACCCUCCCAGUCAAAAUAAUGUUACGCGGGACAUCGCCGUUCUCUCCAAGUUAACCAACACCGUGCGCCUCUACGGCACAGACUGCAACCAGACUGAGAUGGUCCUCCAUGCCUUCAACAGAUUGGAAUUGACGGAUAUGAAGCUCUGGCUGGGCGUGUGGAUCGAUAACAAUGCCACGACAAAUGACCGGCAGAUCGAGCAGCUGUACAAAAUCAUCCAGGACACCAAGGACAAGUCGGUCUUCAAGGGCGUCAUUGUCGGCAACGAGGUUCUCUUCCGCGGCAAGGAUGGCGCAUCGACCUUAAGGACCAUACCCUCGUUGAAAAAAUACAUUGAGAGUGUCAAAUCCCGGUUGACAGAAUUGAACGUCAACAUACCCGUCGCCACGUCCGAUCUUGGUGACAACUGGACCUCGGAGCUGGUAAGCGUAUCCGAUGUAGUCAUGGCGAACGUGCAUCCGUUCUUCGCGGGCGUGACCGUUGCAGAAGCUGCCGCGUGGACGUGGAAUUUCUGGCAGGAGCAUAAUGUUCCCUUGACCAAGGGCACGAGUAAGCAGCAGAUUAUCUCUGAAGUUGGCUGGCCCAGUGGGGGAGGCAACAAUUGUUCGCCCGACCCGUGCCCGGACAGGACGUCUGGUUCCGUUGCUGGCGUCGAGCAAUUGAAUCAGUUCAUGGAAUCUUGGGUGUGUCAGAGCUUGCUAAAUGGGACGAAUUACUUCUGGUUUGAAGCCUUUGACGAGCCCUGGAAAGUGAUCCACAACGAGCCAGUCAAGGGAAAGGAAUGGGAGGAUAAAUGGGGUUUGAUGGAUCCCGGCCGCAAUCUGAAGGCCGGUCUGAAAAUCCCUGAUUGCGGUGGUAAGACCGCUUCAUAA